UUUUUUUUUCUUUUACCCAAUAUACCCCAUAUCAUGCAAAGAAGGCAUACAAGAGAAGAACUUGCUGAACUAAAAUUACGACGAUUAUUACUUCAUAAUCAAACCUUGAAGACUCAAUUAGAUUUACCUCGAUUACCAGUGAGCGAAGCAUCUCAGAAAUUGAUCGAUUAUUGUCAAACUACACCUGAUCCUUUAUUACCAUCAUUAUGGGGACCAGUCAAAGAGGAUCCAUUUACACCUUUGAAAAGUAAAUGGGCUUGUUGUCUUGUUAUGUGAUCGUUUCACCCCUAUCACAUUCAUCAUUCUUCAUACUAUUUUCGUCGGUGUUUUUAUUCAUCCCCCCCUGAAAAAAAAAAAACCUCAUACAAACUAUCCAUCUAUUCUUUUUUUCUUUAAAAAAAAACAUCAAUCAUUUGUUUCCCUUUUUAUAAAUAAUAAUAAUAAAAAAAACAUCAUCAUUUAUUUCUGCAUAAAAA